UGUCUCCUCCCUCCACCUACCCCCCUCAUGUCUCAACACAGGAAGUCCAUGUUUAAGGACCUAGAGGAAGAAAUGGACCUUACGGGUAGAAGACAAAAACAUCUUGAGCUGAGUGAGCUGUGACUUACAUCUAAAAUGAGUCUCUCUGGGGAGAGAGAGGAGACCACUGACUCUAAAAUGAGUCUCUCUGGGGAGACAGAGGAGGGGACCACUGACUCUAAAAUGAAUCUCUCUGGGGAAAGAGAGGAGGAGACCACUGCCUCUAAAAUGAGUCUCUCUGGGGAAAGAGAGACCACUGCCACUAAAAUGACUCAAGACACCAGUUCUAAGAGUGUCCAGAAGCCCAGAGCAGAGUCACCUACAACCAGCCUGCUAUCAAUCAAAAGUGAUCAACCACCUGCUUUCAGCCAGGAACCAUUAGCAGAUGACAAUAAGGAAGUGGAGAGUUUGGACAGUGAGGAUGUAUUAAAGAUCACACACAACCUUCUGGACAGAAGAAGUCAAACUCUGCUGACAGUCCAACAAAACAUCAAGGCUAAACUGAAACACAAGUAUCAACACAUAUCUGAAGGAAUUGGACACCAUGGAAACCAAAGUCUGUUCAAGGACAUCUACACAGAGCUCUACAUCACAGAGGGUGGAAGUGGAGGGCUCAAUAAUGAACAUGAGGUUAGACAGAUGGAGAUGGCAUACAAGAAACAAACCACACAAGAGACACCAAUCAAAUGCAACGACAUCUUCAAGCCGUUACCUGGACAAGACAAACCUAUCAGAACUGUGCUGACAAAAGGAAUCGCUGGCAUUGGAAAAACAGUCUCUGUGCAGAAGGUCGUCCUUGACUGGGCAGAGGGAAAAGCAAAUCAGGACGUUCAUUUCAUGUUUCCUCUUCCUUUCCGUGAUCUGAACCUGAAAAAGGACCAAUACAGUCUGAUGCAACUUCUUUCCCACUACUUCCCAGAAAUGAAAGAGAUUGUCAGCAUUGAAGAUGGUGAAACCAAAACUGAUUUCAUUUUGGAUGGUCUGGAUGAGUGUCGACUUCCUCUAGACUUCAAAAACAAUGAGAAGUGCUGUGAUGUCACGAAGCCAACCUCAGUGGCCGUGCUACUGACAAACCUCAUCGAGGGGAAUCUGCUUCCCUCAUCUCAUCUCUGGAUAACCACACGGCCUGCAGCAGCCAAUCAGAUCCCUCCUGAGUGUGUUGACCAGGUGACAGAGGUACGAGGGUUCAAUGAUCCACAGAAGGAGGAGUACUUCAGGAAGAAAAUCACAGAUCAGAAACUGGCCAAUGAAAUCAUCAAACACAUAACGACAUCAAGGAGCCUCCAGAUCAUGUGCCACAUCCCGGUCUUCUGUUGGAUAUCAGCCACUGUCCUUGAGACGAUGCUGAAAGUGGCAGAGAAGAAUGAAGUCCCCAAAACUCUGACCCAGAUGUGCUCACACUUCAUGCUCAUCCAAAUCAUUGUGAAGAACAGGAAGUACAACAAAACCACAGAGACAAACCCAAAGGAACUGUCUCAGUCAGACAAAGAGAUGAUCCUGAAACUGGCAAAGCUGGCUUUCCAACAGCUGCAGAAGGGCAACCUGAUCUUCUAUGAGGAGGACCUGAGAGAGUGUGGCCUUGAUGUCACAGAGGCAUCAGAGUACUCAGCAUUGUGUACAGAGAUAUUUAAAGAAGAAUCUGGGCUGUACCAAGAGAAGAUCUACAGCUUUGUGCAUCUGAGCAUUCAGGAGUUUCUAGCAGCAGUGCAUGCUUUAGAAUCAUGUCUGGACAACAAGGAAAAUGUUUUCUCCCCCACUAGUGAUGAUGAAAAGAAGGAGUCAAUCCAGUUGUCUGACUUACACAGGAGAGCAGUGGACCAGGCCUUGAAGAGUGAGAAUGGACACCUGGACCUGUUCCUCCGCUUCCUUCUGGGUCUCUCGCUGGAGUCCAAUCAGAAUCUGUUACGAGGCCUUCUGACACAGACAGGAAGUACAACACAGAGCCAUAAGAAAACAGUUAAGAGAAUAGUCAGGUACCUUUCAGACAAGAUUAAGUACGAAUCCUCACCAGAAAGGAUCAUCAACUUGUUCCACUGUCUGAAUGAACUUGGUUCCAACUCUCUAGUUGAAGACAUGCAGACCUCCCUGCGAUCGGGAACUCUUUCUGAAACAAGACUAAAACCUGACCAAUGUUCAGCCCUGGCCUACCUGUUACUGAUGUCAGAGGAGGUGCUGGAAGAGUUUGACCUGAAGACAUACAACACAUCAGAGAAAGGUUAUCAGAGGUUGCUGCCCGUAGUGAAAACCUGCAAGAGAGCACUACUAGCUGGCUGUAAACUCACAUAUGAAUCCUGUGAGACUCUGACCUCAGCUCUACAGACACCAAACUCCCCCCUGAGAGAACUGGACCUCAGCUACAAUGACCUGAGAGGCAGAGGGAUCGAGCUGCUCUGUGUUGGACUAACCAGUCCACUCUGCAACAUACAGACACUAGUUCUUGGUCAGUGUGGUCUGACAGAGGGUUGCUGUUCAGAUCUGGCCUCAGUCCUGAGUUCACCCAACUCACAACUGAAACAACUGGAGCUGAGAGACAAUGACCUGCAGGACUCGGGAGUUACACUGCUGUCUGCUGGACUGGUGGAUCCAGACUGUAAACUACACACACUGGGGCUGUCUGGCUGUCUGGUCACAGAGGAGGGCUGUGCUGCUCUGUCUUCAGCUCUGAGGUCAAACCCCUCCCACCUGAAAGAGCUGGACCUGAGCUACAAUCACCCAGGAGACUCUGCAGGGGGACUGCUUUCAGCUGCUCUGGUGGAUCCCACAUAUAAACUGAUGAAGCUGAAUGUGGAUCAUGGCGGAGAGUGCAGGCUGAAAUCAGGGCUGAGGAAAUAUGCCUGUCAUCUCACCCUGGACCCAAAUACAGCAAACCCAAACCUGAUACUGUCUGAGGGGAACAGGAAGGUGACAUGUGUGGUGGAGAAGCAGCAUUAUGAAGACCAUCCAGACAGAUUUGACUAUCUUUACCAAGUUCUCUGCAGAGAAGGCUUAUCUGGAGGUCGUUAUUACUGGGAGGUGGAGAGGGAUGGUAGCAUGGCUGACAUUGGUGUGGUGUACAAAGGAAUGGAGAGAAAGGGAUGGGAGGAUGCCAGUUGGAUUGGAGGCAAUAGGGAGUCCAGAUGUUUACUCUGCUCUCACAGUGGUUAUCGCUUUUACCAUGAUGGAGUCAACAGAAUCAUCCCUGGUCCUGUUUCUAACAGAGUUGGAGUGUAUCUGGACUGGUCAGCUGGUACUUUGUCCUUCUAUAGUGUGUCCUCCUCUGGUUCACUGACACACCUUUACACAGAACACACCACAUUCACUGAACCCCUCUAUCCUGGGUUUGGGAUUUCCUUCUUCUCAGUGACCUCAGUGACCCUGCGUCAGAUAGAUUACCAACACACUCAAAGAGACCAUGGUGGAGAGAGUUGGAUCAGGCCUGGACCUGAGGACACCAGAGACCAUGGUGGAGAGAGUUGGAUCAAGCCUGGACCUGAGGACACCAGAGACCAUGGUGGAGAGAGUUGUAUCAAACCUGGACCUGAGAACACCAGAGACCAUGGUGGAGAGAGUUGGAUCAAGCCUGGACCUGAGGACACCAGAGACCAUGGUGGAGAGAGUUGGAUCAAGCCUGGACCUGAGGACACCAGAGACCAUAGUGGAGAGUGUUGGAUCAAGCCUGGACCUGAGAACACCAGAGACCAUGGUGGAGAGAGUUGGAUCAAGCCUGGACCUGAGGACACCAGAGACCAUGGUGGAGAGAGUUGGACCAAGCCUGGACCUGAGGACACCAGAGACCAUGGUGGAGAGAGUUGGACCAAGCCUGGACCUGAGGACACCAGAGACCAUGGUGGAGAGAGUUGGAUCAAGCCUGGACCUGAGAACACCAGAGAACAUGGUGGAGAGAGUUGUAUCAAGUCUGGACCUGAGAAAAGGAUUCCUCAGAGCUGUAAGACUUGUGACCACGUUGAGGACUCCACACACUGGCUUCAGAUUGAACCCUUGACUUCCACUGUCCAGGGAGUGACAAUGUUCAGACACAGGACACCCAAAGGGAGUUAUGAGUGCACAGUGUCUGGGGUCCGCUGGCUGUGUGAGAGAGAUGUCAUUCUGAAGUAUCACUUCAGGAACUGGGAACCCUACAGUCAACUUCUGAAAGACAUGCAGUACACACAAGGUGGUCCAUUGCUGGACAUCACUAUGGAGUUAGGUGAACUGGAGGAAGUUCAUCUGCCACACUUUGUCUGUUUAGGGACCAACCCUUCCCUGAGGAAUGAGAUGAAGAUUCUUCAUGUAGAGGAACAUGGAGUGUCUUUAGAGGAAGUGCAUGAGGUCACCAGAUUCCAUGCUAAGAUUCUCCAUCCCAAGUUCUCAGCUAUCUCUGUUAUACUGAGCUAUAUCUUUUCAUGGAACGUAGAUGUCCACUGUGAGCUGAUGCUCUAUCUGACAGUGAAAAGGGAAACAUUAAUUUCUCGCCUGUACCUGUUCCCCUGGAACCCCGGCCAAAUACAGGCUGUGGAACAACAGGAAAAGCCUCAAGUGUCUUCAAGGAUUCUCAUCUCCAGACCAGAGCCUUCCUUCAAACUGAAUAGUUCCUUCAGACUGAACAUUCCCUGUUCUACCUCCAUCAAUCCACAGAAGAUUCAUCUCAUACAAAGAGACACCACACCAAGCUUUUUCAGGGCGGUUGUGAAAAUGACAGGGAUUGACAUUGAGAUGGAGUUAUUCAGUGAUGAUGAGAGGACAGUAUGGAAAGAAAAAGUAUCACAAGAUGAAUACAUCUCUGACACCUGUUCAACAAGUGCUGUGUUGGGGGUAGGGCGUCCGUCUGAGAGCAGUCUGACUGGUUCUCCAGAGCACCAGCUGCGUUCUGUACGGACAGAGUUUGUGAAACGAGCGUCAAGAGCUGUCCUGGAUGGUCUGCUGGACGGACUCCUGCAACACACAGUCAUCAACCAGGAGGAAAUGGAGUCAGUGAAGGGGAUCGCUGAGAGGGCAGAGAAGGCACGUGACAUCAUUGACAUGGUGUUGAGAAAAGGAACUGAGUCGUGUUCCAGGAUGAUCAACCUUCUUGGGGAGCUGGACCACUGUCUUUGUUCACAGCUUCAGAUCAACAGUGUUGGGGUACCAACCUAAUGGUAGAAUGGAUAGCAACAGUGUUGGGGUACCAACCUAAUGGUAGAAUGGAUAGUAACAGUGUUGGGGUAUCAACCUAAUGGUAGAAUAGAUAGUAACAGUGUUGGGGUACCAACCUAAUGGUAGAAUAGAUAGUAACAGUGUUUGGGUACCAACCUAAUGGUAGAAUGGAUAGUAACAGUGUUGGGGUACCAACCUAAUGGUAGAAUGGAUAGUAACAGUGUUGGGGUACCAA